GGUCAUGAUAAUGAAAUGAGGCUAAGGUCAUGUUCCCGGUCACAGCGCAAACUGGUAUACGUCUUCCAGAUGGGAAGGGCACUUUUCCGCCCACAUUUAUAGGUUUACCGACUCCAUUGCACGGUUGGACUCACGUACAUAUCCAAAGUGCAGUUUGUUUUGAGUGGCUCUGUGAGAUGAUUCUUUGGAGUUUAAGUCUUCAACUAUAACAGCGGUAGUAUAAAUAUGUUUCGGAGCAGAAAUAGUGUACUGCCAUAACAUCAGGAGGUGUGUUAUGUUGUAAGCCAAUGAAAAGAUUCGAAAAUGUGACUCGGAUGCCGGGUGAUCAGAGCCACGCUUGUGAAUGAAAGUCCGUCGAUGUAUAUAAUCACAUACAUAAAGCGUAUUUAUACCAUGGAGAUAUUACCUCCACGAUAAAAAAUCAUGCAAGCAUCGCUCACUGAAUGGAUAUAACCGAGGCAUUACGCUGGUCCAUCGGGCGAGGGGUUUUCUUAUAACGAAGGUAUAUGGCUACAGCGACUGAUCACCGGAAGUUUGAGUUGAACUUUAAAGGGAUAGAUUGAACUAUAGAACGGCAUGUCUGCCACCAAGAGGAAGUAUGUUGCAGCACUGAUUUUAUUUGGAACCUGUGGAUUUCUUGCCACUUGGUACAAUAGCAGAUUAGGAGACGUUAGACUCGUCCAAGAUGCCAGUCCAGACGUUUUCUCGACGGAUGCAAGUGAGAAUGGCUACCGGAUUUCAGGACAUAGAUCUACCAGUAUAAUUAAGGAAUUAUCAUCAUCUUUAAAAGAUUUCAAAGCAACGGAUAGAAAAAUGUUAUCCAAUCAUCUCCGUACCGCAGAGGGGGUUCUUCAGACAGAGACAUCGGUAGAAGAGGAAUCCUACGAUUUCGAGGAGGAACAACUCAAGAGACAGGAGCACCUUGAAAAAGCAUGCAGCCGUCUUGGGAUCAGUCGGACUCUACCACCGGUUUCAUGGGAGACGACCGUGCAUUUUCUCGCGAGUGACAAGUUCAAGUUCAUCUUCUGUUUCGUACCAAAGAUCUCCUGCACAACCUGGAAAGAAAUCAUGGCGAAGCUCUAUCACCUAGACCGGAAUCCUUUGCAAAUGGUGCCCAAAGCGAUCAAGGGUGUACAGGCCAAGAGGAAAUGGAAGGUUCUGAAGUUGAGUGAUAUCGGGAAUCCCGAGAAAGUUAAGAAACGAUGGAAGACGUACAACAAAGUGAUGUUCACGCGGGAACCUCUCGAAAGAACGCUUUCUGCUUAUUUAGACAAGUUUGUUUAUGGCAAGACCAGCUUUGAAAGGCAAUUCGGUGGCGCUAUCGUGAAGCAAUACCGGGACAAGCAUAUUUCGAAAGUGAAGUUCCCUCUCAAAGAAAAAAUCCGAUUUGACGAAUUCAUCCGUUUCAUUACGGAUAAAGGUCCGAAUGCUCCGAUGACACAACAGACGGAUCACUGGUUGCCGGUUAGCCGGAUAACCUCCCCGUGUCGUUUCAAAUAUGAUUUCCUCGGACACUACGAAACUCUGCAAUAUGAUGCACCUUACGUCAUAAAACAUUUUAAUCUGUCUAGGUACGUGACCUUUCCAGAAGUUCAUAGUUCAAGGUCACAUGAAAAGCUAAUCAAUGCAUAUAAGGAUAUACCGCAAGACCUUAUAUACCGUCUUGUUGACUAUUAUAGGACUGAUUAUGAAUUAUUUGGUUACUCGGCAAAUGCAACCUUAGAUAUCAUAUUUAAUGGAAGAAACAGAGAGAAAAGAUAAAGCUUCACUUAAAUCAAAGAUGUUGGUUGGAACUUGCAAUAUGAUUUUCUUUUUUAAUGCAGCUGAUGUGGUAUUAGCAGUCGAGACGAGAUGCGAUAAUAAUAUAUUUGCCUUGCACGAUUUGCCAAUGAAUAUGAGAACUGAUGCCUUAUGAAAUUGACUGAACUUGAUUGAAAUAUUCAGAUUCGAAUUCGUAUUUAUUCGUUUUCAACAGUAAAAAUGGUUCAGAAUGAUUUAAAAUAAUUACAUCCGAUAAGUACACGGUAAACAAAAACAUAAAAAUUAUAAUGCUUCUUUGUGAUUAUUCAUUGAUUUUCCUAAGUAAAUUAAAUAUUUAACUAUUUCCGUAAAACAUUCAAAUUAAGUCUUCCUAACUCAUAUUUAAGUUUAUUUGAAUUUACUUGAUUUUCUGUUAUGAGGUUCAAUAUACAUUAAAUGAAACUAAAGCAAUUCUACACUGUCAAAAAUUAUUUGAAAGUACUCAAUAAAAUUGAGGCAAAAAUUGCCUUAAUCUUUUCAAGUAUUUAUAAGUUUUAAGUAAAAUUUACUUAUAUUUUUUGUAUCCAUUUUACUCAAGUAAAUUAAGUUACGACAACUUAAUUCAUUUAAGUAAGACAACUUAAUUCAAUUAAGUAAAAACAAUCACUGAAAAAUGGAGAAAAAAAUGGGGAGUGUACUUUCGUGAUUCGAAAAACUGCUCCCCCAUCGCCCCACUUUCAAUGGCAUCAUUUUCAUCGUAGACAUCUUUUAUUCAAAUAUUAUACGUUAUGCAUUGUAACUUACCUGUACAUGAUAGGUACUGACAUUUAUAUUUAUACGCGACCGGUUCUCAUCCUAACAAAUAAAACAAUGAGAAUAAUGAAACAUUUUCCGAAAACCUAGAAAGAAAUCUGAAAUUUUCUGAUGAGUGACUAUUUAAUGUUGCUCUUUCUUUGAUUCAACAAAAGAAUAACAUAUUUUGCACACCCUUAUCCAAAACAACUUCAAAGACAAAUAGAUAUGAAAGUUCUUUCAGAUUUUAAAAUGUACUUGCUAUUAAUGAACAUUCAGGUAUUAUUUAAAUAAGGCGUUAAUUGAAAAAUAUAAGUACAUUCAACAUUAUUCACAAGUUAUUAUUAUCUUUGCCUAAUGAGUUAGAUAUACUUGAUCGAAUACGUGAAUUUUCGUAAAUGUAUAUUGAACCCAAAUAAAUCAAGUAAAUUAAAAGACAAGUUAAAUCUACUGAAAAAAAUCGAGAAAUAAUUACAAAUAAUAAAUUCUACUUAUAUACAUUGCGUUUUAAGUACUUAUUCUGAGAAUUUUUUUACAGUGAACUUACUUCGAUUAAAUAAGUUUGAAUUUAAUUGAGCAAAUUAUAUUUAAAGGACAAGUUCACCCCACCAAAAAGUUGAUCUGAAUAAAAAGAGAAAAAUCCAACAAGCAUAACACUGAAAAUUUCAUCAAAAUCAGAUGUAAAAAAAGAAAGUUAUGACAUUUUGAAGUUUCGCUUAAUUUCACAAAACAGUUAUAUGCACAUCCUGGUUGGUAUACACAUGAGGAAACUGAUGACGUCAUCCACUCACUAUUUCUUUUGUAUCUUAUUACAUGAAAUAUGAAAUAUUCUAAUUUUCUCUUCAUUGUCAAGUGAAAAAGAGAUUAAUUCCUCCUGAACAUGUGGAAUUAGCAUUGUUUGAUACUAUAUAGUUCAGCCACGUUGGUCCUUAUUGUCAAAUCUGUAAAAAAAAUGAAAUAUUGUCUAAUUCAAACAAUAAAAAAGAAAAGAAACAGUGAGUGAGGGAUAUCAUCGACUGUCUCAUUUGCACUUCACUCAGUUGUGCGUAUCACUGUUUUGUGAAAAAAGCGAGACUUUAAAAUGUCAUAACUUUCUUUUUUUACAUCUGAUUUUGAUGAAUUUUUCAGUGUUAUGCUUGUUGGAUUUUUCUCUUUUUAUUCAGAUCAACUUUUUGGUGGGGUGAAUUUGUCCUUUAAAUAU